GGGCAUAAACAACAAAAAAUAAAAUUAUUAUGAAUGGUGUACCAUCUCUUGAUGACAGUAAAGUCCUAGAGGCUAUUUUUAAUCCUGAGCAUCCAAUUGCAGGCCUCCAGUUACCUCCACAGCCAGUGGAAGACCCUGAAGUCAAAAAAGAUGAUGAAAUUCCAAACCUUCAGGAGGUCAAAGCACUAGAAACUGCUGGAGUGAAGCUAGCUGAAGGAGAUAAGCUCACAGAAGCACUUGAAGUAUUUGACCAACUCAUUGCCCUCCAUCCUAACUAUCCCUCAGCUUACAAUAACAGAGCACAAGUGUAUAGGCUAUUAAAUCAAGCUGAUAAAGCUCUCUCUGAUUUAAACACUGCCAUACAGCUCAGUGGUGGCCUGGGCAAAGCAGCUGAACAAGCGUACACACAACGAGGCCUUAUUCAUGUGUUACACAGCAACGAGGAUGAAGCAUUGCAAGACUUUCAAAGGGGUGCAGCUCUUGGUAGUCAGUUUGCUAAAAGUCAAGUAGUAAAGAUGAAUCCUUAUUCUAAAUUGUGUAAUCAAAUGCUGACAGAAGCUAUCAAUAAAUUAAAUGGACCAAGUACAUAAACAUGUAACAUAUUUCAUCUUUUACUAUAUAAUGUACCGUAUUAUGUAAUGUUUAUAUCAAAAAUAAUAAUAACAUAA